UUUACUCUAAUUUUAAGGUGUUGUAACAAAAAAGCUCCCUACGCACCACCCGGUUCCUAAUGGUGCCAAAGGAAGCAAAUCAUUCAACUUGAGCAAGCCCUACGUAAUCGUAAUUGAAGGAAGGAAUUCUACGACAUUAGUUAGCAGCUACAAGCAUUUGUGAAAAAGAUUCUGUAGGAUGGAUCGCGUUAUGUGGCUAUCGGCUCUCUCGAUUCUACUAAUAGCCGUGUGCGUUCAGUGCGCGGCUACGCAUAAACACACUCAUACACACACGGCAACCAAGGAACGCACCGAGGACGGAGCAUACGCACCACGAGAUGCGCAUCAUAUGGAAGGUGGCGAACACUUUUCGGAGUUCGAUCAUGAAGCGAUCCUCGGAAGUGUGAAGGAAGCGGAAGAGUUUGAUAAUCUUUCACCAGAAGAGUCGAAGAAACGGCUCGCUGUGUUGGUGGUAAAAAUGGAUCAAAAUUCGGACGGUUAUGUCGAUCGGCACGAACUCAAAGCAUGGAUUCUGCGGUCUUUCAAGAGCCUCGCUGAAGAAGAGGCGUCGGAGAGGUUCGAAGACGUUGAUUUGAAUAACGACGAAUCGGUUACGUGGGAGGAAUAUCUCCAGGAAACAUAUGGAAUGGAUAGUGAAGACGAGGAAGGCGUUCGUCUUCCAUUCGAUGAACCUCGAAACGAUGAGGAACGUAAGCUAAUUCAAGACGACAAGGAAAUGUUUGAAGCAGCCGACACCAACCAGGACGGGAAGUUGGAUUCAAUCGAGUUCGUUCAAUUCAUUUCACCGGAAGAGUUCCCCCAAAUGCUACCGAUCAUUCUGCAACAAACCCUACGCGACAAGGAUACGAACAAAGACGGACGUAUCGAUUUCCAGGAGUUUGUUGGAGACAAUGCGAAGGAUCAUGACAAGGAAUGGUUGAUUGUCGAAAUGGACAAGUUCAAGGAAGACUUUGAUAAGAAUAACGACGGUUUCCUGAGCGGGAAUGAAAUCCUUUCAUGGGUUGUACCGAGCAAUGAUGAGGUAGCAAGCGACGAAGUAGCUCACCUAUUUGCCUCCAGUGAUGAUGAUCAUGACAAUCGUUUGUCACACCAGGAGAUCAUCGAUAAAUACGACAUCUUCGUUGGUAGUGAAGCAACAGAUUAUGGCGAUCAUCUGCAAAACAUUCACCACUUCGAUGAUGAACUAUAAUCGAAAAGGUUUUCAUAACUUCACCAUGGCCUGGAUGGCAUAAAUACAUAUAUCGCACAAUUUUUUUAUUUGGUGCUGUAAGAGCUCUCUCAAUUAGCUUCUAUUUAAUUUAUUCAACCUAAUCAAACCUAACUUGGUUUUUAUAAACUCAUUUAUAUAGCGGAUCAAUAACAGUUGCCAUAUAGAUAGUCACUAAAUAGCGUACCUAACAUGUGUUUGCCAAAUAACUUAUGUUCUUUCAUUGUACGACUAGUAAAAUAUGAGUAAAAACAUUCAUUUACUGAAACUAUGUCUUAGCUUUGAACUGGUUUCCCCAUAUCACUAGCAUUAUGUUUAUGCAUUGAGUAUGAAAGCAUAAAAUAACAUGCAUUACAACAGUUGAAAGUUAUUAUUGGUUUAUAGAAAAUCAAAAAUCCCAAUGCCCUGAUCACGGUGGUUCGGAUGAAAGAAAUUCUACGUUUACCAUUAAUGUUUGUAA